AAUGGUCAUGGUUGCCGGUGUUAUGGCCUUACGCCUUAGGUGGAACGAGCCAAAUGUUGUAUAUAAUGACAAUUUAAAAAAAAAAAUAUUUAUUUAGAUAAUUACUUUUUAUUAGACUAGUUUAGAAAACAUUAUGAGUUAUUGUAGAAUUUGUCUAGAAAAUAAAAUAAAAUUACUUCCUGUAUUUAACGCAGAUCAUGGAGUUACUUAUGCUUCAAUGGUAGAAUUUAUAUCGGCUGUUAAGAUUAUAAAAGGAAGUAACGAUAUGAUAUGUCUUCCCUGUUGCAAGAAAGUUCAAGAUUUUUAUGAGUUUAAAUUGUUGAUUGAAAGAUCAGAUUUAAAACUAAAUGGACUUUUAAAUGUUUAUAAAUUCAACACAAUUGAUGAAAUUGAUUUUUUUAUGAAAAUGGAAAAAAAGCCAUUGCAUAAUUUUACUGAUUUUAAAUAUAACAAUAUUAUGGAAAAUGAGAAUGACUGCAUCAACUAUAAUAAUACUUUAAUAAAAAGAAUCACAAAAGAAAUAAAAUCAGAACCAAAAAAAACCGAUAUAGUUGAAGAGGAUAGUAUGGAUUUCAGUAACACAGAUACAAAUAUAUAUGAAGCAUACAUACACAAAAGUAGUAAGAAAAAGAGGUUUAAAUGUAAAGAAAAUAGUAAAGUAAAAACUAAAUGUAUUAAACCAAUCUUUCUGAAAGAUUUGAGAAUAUUAAGGACAAUCAACCUAAAGGAUAGUAACAUAAAAGACAAAAAAACAUAUACUCGUAAAGGAAGAGAAGAUAUUUGUCCAUACUGUGGAAAGAAAACUAAGUCAAUAAAAAAUCAUAUGUUACAACAUACAGCUGAAAAGAAGUAUUGUUGCAACCACUGCAAUAGAAGAUAUUAUACGAAACAGAGUUUACAGUCACACAUGAAGUCUCAUUUUAAUGAAAUGAUAUUUAAAUGUAACCUCUGCAUUGACAGUUUCAGUAGCGAAAAUGCACUGGCCAGCCAUAUGACUUCACAUACAGAUAUUAAAGAAUUUACCUGCGAUAUUUGCAAGAAAGCUUUUAAAUAUAGAAGUGGUCUACAACGACACAUCCUCAUUCAUAGUUUUGCAAAGAAAUUUCAGUGUGAACAAUGCCAUAUGUCUUUCGUCACGAAAUAUAGUCUUCAACACCAUUUCCGUGUCCAUACUGGAGAACGACCCUACAAAUGUGAGCUUUGUGCGCAGCCUUAUAGUUACAAGAGGGACUUUAAUAGACACUGCCUAAAAAAGCACGGCGUAAUUAUUGAUCAUAGAUCAGUUAAUAUAAUGAACGAAGAAGUAUUAAAACAAGAAAAAGCUUUAAUGAAAGAUAUUAUAUUGCGAAUGAAUGGAAUGAAGACGGACAAAGAGCCAUUAGACUAUUUUCAAGGUCCAACAGGUGCACAAGCUUUUGCAAAAACUGUAAAAUUACUGAAAAACAAAAAAAUACCAGUAGAUGUUAAUUUAUGAAACGCAAAAUUCAGUUGUAUACCUACAUUUUAUGAAUAAAAAGUACUAAAGUAUCGA